AUGCCCGGGCGGUGCACAGCUGUUGUCUGCGGGAGUACCGCGCGCACCACGAGCACCGCCACCGCGGCCGACGAGCGCGUAGAGCACGACAGUUGUUGUUGUAUCGCUGCCGUCGUCCGGUGUUCAGUCUCGUCACGUCAGCCGCACGCUCGACACGCGCCGCGUCCGUCCGCUCCUCUCGCUCGCCGUAUCGUUGUUAUUAUCGCUGCGUCGCGCUCCGCGUAUCGCCAUCGCUCCUCGUCUCGCGCCGUCCACGAGUUUUCCGACAUGGGCCGAAGCCUUGCGCUGUGGACGAAGACGCUGAGUUUCCCGUCCCGGAACUCGCCCAACAAGUCGUCCAAGCACAGCAUCACCACGUCCAUCAACACGUCGUCGUGCACCAUUUUCGCGCCGGCCACGACGCCCACCAAAGACAACAUCACGCCCGCGUCCACUCCAGACGUCUCAGAUUGUGAAAAAGACAAGGAUAUAAUGGGAUCUGUUGUCUAUUGCAUUCACCACAAAGAAGGUUGUAAAUGGAGCGAUCAAUUAAGGCGUCUAAAAGGACACUUGCAAACAUGUAAAUAUGAUGCGUUACCUUGCACAAACCACUGUGGCGCUCAAAUUGCCAGAAUUCUAAUGGAUGAUCAUGUGAGAUAUACAUGUAUUGAACGUGUCAUCAAGUGUGAAUACUGUAAUGGUGAAAUGAAAGGAGAAGCAGCUGGGGAAGAACAUAGUAGAACAUGUCCGGUGGAGCCAAUCCAUUGUGAAGCUAAAUGUGGUGUAAAAAUUCCAAGACGAAUGUUGGCCAAACAUAAGGUCACAGAAUGCUCAAAAAGAUUACUACCAUGUCGUCAUUGUGGACGGCAGUUUGUAGCUGACACUAUUAACUCACACACAACAUCAUGCCCACGUUUCCCUCUAACUUGUCCCAAUCGAUGUGAAAUUGUCACUGUAGCACGCGAAGAUUUAGAACAUCACAUUAAACAUGCAUGCCAUUCAAUGUUAACAUCUUGUAGCUUCAAAGAUGUUGGUUGUCGAUUCAAGAGUUUAAGAGGAAAGCAAAUGGACACACACAUGGAGGAAGCAAGCCAACAACAUUUAACAUUAAUGUGCUCAAUGGUCACUAAACAACAACAACAAAUUGUAUCCAUGAAAAAAGUUAUAAAUAACUUAGCUGUUAAUCAGUCAGGUACUUUGAUUUGGAAAAUCAGCGAUGUACUGGAAAAACUUGAAGAAGGUCGUCACAAACUAUGCGGUGAUGGUCUAGAACUCAUCAGUUCGCCGUUCUACACCAGCCAGUUUGGGUACAAGUUGCAAGCAUCGGUGUUUUUGAACGGCAACGGAUCUGGUGAAAACACACAUGUAUCUGUUUAUAUAAAAAUACUGCCAGGUGAAUUUGAUGCUUUAUUGAAAUGGUCAUUUUCACAUUCUGUGGCAUUCACAUUAUUUGACCAAAGUGAAAAGCCAUGCAACAUAGUUGAGAGUUUUGUGCCUGAUCCAUCUUGGGAGAAUUUCCAACGACCAAGCACGCAGCCGGAUAGCCUUGGAUUUGGUUUUCCUAAAUUUGUGUCACAUGAAACCCUACUAAAAAAAAGACAGUUUAUUAAAGAUGACACUAUAUUUUUACGCAUAAAAGUAGAUCCCAGCAAAAUAGUAGCCGUUUAA